AUGUUGGCCCAUCACCUCCAGCCCAACACCUCUUCGCCACUAAUCCGCAGCAGAAGCAGAAGCAGCAGCAGCAACAAUUUCUAUUACAAUAACAAUAACAUUGACCUGAUGUCGAUAGAAUUGAAUGUCAAACAAUCGUUUCUGACAUUUAGCAUCCUCCUCAGCAACUUGGAUGAUAAGCAGCAAAUCACCGCGAUCUUGGGAUUAUCGGAAGACGCUUUUUUCGCACAAUCGCUGGAGUUUCUCUCAAAAUAUAUCCAAAAUGACCAGAACGAUCUUGUCCCAUUGUUUAAGAGCCAGGUUUUGCCCCAACUUAUCUUCAAACUCCAUCAUCUAUGUUGUCUAACUAAUGGCCAUAACUCCCCUACUACCGCCAAGAUCACCGACGCUUUCCAAGUGUUGAGCAAUCGCUGUGAUUCUUCAGCAAAACUCGCGGUAUUAGUGAACUUCAAGCUAGGAGAAACAUUAUUCAUAGCAAUCUCUAAAUUGACCGAUAAUAGAAAAUGCAAAUCAAAAUAUAAAUACCUACUAUUUUCCUAUUUGGACUUGGAUGAUGUGUGUACAAACCAAUUCAUCUCCUCGGAGUUGUUCCACUUACACGUCAUCAACCCAAUAUUGAAAUCAUCACAAAAACUAGAAGUCAAUAUCAAUUCGGUUAUCAUUGCUAUCGAGGCUUUGUCGUUCACCGUACCCUCGUGUUCCAGCGAUUCAAAACAGUUUUUAGUAAACGUCAAGAUCUGCGAGGGAUUAGUGAUUUUCUUACAAAUUUCGAAAUACGAUCAUGAUCUAGAAUCAAUAUGCCAUAACGUUAUAAGAUUCUUUCGGCUCUUGAGUAUUGAUUUCCAAUCGGUAUUAUUUCAAUGUGAUUUCGUGCCAAAUUUACUCAGAAUAUUAUUCGAAUUUACGAAUUCUCCAACUGGCAAAAGUCAAACUUUUCUAAUGGAAUCUAUCACCUUAAUUUUUUCAAUCAUUCAAUACAAAAAACCAAAAUCAAAAGACAUAUCUCCUGGGGUAUUAUUUCACACCAUAUUCAAGCUUUUGAUCAAAUCGACCACCAUCAACAACGAUCUCAUUAUGAUAAGGUUUCUCAUUGAUUCGGCGGAAAUUCUUCUGGCAAAUGAUUUAUCAAUAUUAAUUAGCAAAAAUCAGUUUACGCAAUUUCAAAAUAAGAUUGGUAACUUGGUAUAUAUUGUGACGCAUACUCAUUUUUAUGAAGAACAAUAUCAAGUGGGGAAUGGGGAAAUUAUACCACCAGUGACUGGUCACCACCGUUGUUUCCGAGGAUACAUUAAGCUAUUGCUGCUUCCGAAUUUCCAAAAAUUGAUAGGGUACAACAUAGGGUUUGCGGAUUUCCUCCUUAUGACGUCGAUUUUCCAGUACCUGGAUUUGUUAUAUGAAAAGUUUCGCGAUGAUUCUCAUGUGACUAUCAGACUACUAGAAAUGGUCAACGACUACAAAUAUGAUAUUUCGGUGGUGCGUGAAUGGGGUGAAGGCGCCAGUCUUGGGAAUUUGUUGAUUUCGUUGAUUCGUGAUGCCAAAACUUCUGAUCAACAAUGGAAAGGAUAUCUUCUUGAUACCAUUUAUAACUUGGUGAACAUUUUAUCUUUAUGUUCGAGGAAAAACGUCGUGGAAAUCUUGGAACCACUUUUGGAUGACGAUGACGAUUACGAUGAUCAUGAAGACCGCUAUCACUGUGAUAAGCAAUUUGUUCGUUCAAUGUUGCUCGAAUUUAUCACCUGUUAUUUACAAUCCAACGACCAGGCACAAAAGAGAAUGGCGAUUAAACUCUUUAAUUGCGUGUGCAUGACCGAUAGUGGUGCCAUUGCAAGAAUAAUUUUAGAAUCGCACCCUGAAUGUUUCAAUGAUUUGACAAAUAUUGUAUCGCACACCUUUGCCGAAAACAUGAAUGGUGGAUCGAUUGUCCAACAAAUUCCAUUAUGUUUAUCUAUACUUGAAAUAUUCCAAAGUUUGAUGGUGGCCGAGAGCUUCACGUUGAUCACCGGCAAAACCUUCUUUUCCGAAUUGAUGAAAACCAUGACAAUUUACAUGGGGCAUGGCUCAGUAUCUGGUCAUCGAGGGGUGCUUAAAAUCCGCUGUUUAGAAUUUAUUAGCAGUUUGAUCGACCCUAAUGUUUUGGAACCACAUCAAGCGGAAAAAGUUUUGUUUGUCAAAUCGUUUGAUUGGUUAAAUACCGUGGUUUCUCCCAUGCUCGAUGCCGAAAUCAAGCAGCGGUUGGGAAUUGAUAAUCAUCACGAUAAUAAUGAUGACGGGAUUAAAAAUACUGUGGAGAUCGAUGUCUUGACAUUGCUUAUGGAUAUUAUUUCCCACUGUAUUGAACUUCAAACGAAAAAGAUGAAAAAUGUCAUUGAUUCUAUGGUACUUGGUAAAUUAUCGACGAUCCUAUUUGAAUUCCGGUUAAUUGAUACCAAUCCAAUCAUUUUGACCAAAUGUUUAAAUAUCAUCCAUCCGUAUUUGAAAAGCAAGCUUCAUGGGAAUGAAGUGGAGUAUCUAGUGACCACCAUGAAACUUGAUAUAUUUUUCAUGAAGGCCAUCGGGGACAUUGAUUCGGGGAAACAAUACGUCACAAAGAUCAAACUUGAUAAUGAUGAUACAGAUGACGAUUUGUUCGUUGAAUUCUUUGAAAGUUUGUACCGAUUAAACCAAAUCUCCAUUACGUUUCUGAAGAAUAUCAUGAUUUCUUAUAAAAUGACAAUGAUUUUCAGGUUAAUCACCAUUGCCGAAGGAUUGCUUGUUACUGCUCCCAAUACUACUAUAACUCUGAGAGAAAAGAUCACCCAAAAGCUCGAUUUGCUUUUUUCGGUGUUCUCACAAUUAACGGUGGAUUUUGAAUUGUUUGAUAAACGAGACAAGAAUAUCAUGUGCAUGAAGCUUAUAAAUAUCUUUGAUUUAACUUAUUUCCAGAACAUCCAAAUUAGCGGGGUGCUCAAUGAUAAUUUGUUUUUGUUGUUGUCGUACAAUAUUUUGGAUGACCCAAACACUUGUUAUAUCAUCGAUGAUUUAUUAUUGAAAAUGCUCCAAAUCAUGAAAAAUCGCAGCGGUAAUUGUUUGAAAUUGAUGGAAUUUUUCUGGAAAUUCUUGUACAUGUAUUCGUUGAUCAAGACUUCAUAUUUCAAACGUCACGUCAUGGAACUUAUGGAGAGUUUCAAUCGGUUGAAGACCUCCAAUGAAGUGGCACCAACAUUAUCCGAAGAACCCUUAUUGAUCGAUGACCAUACUUGUAAUCGGUUAAUCAAUGAGUUACUUUGGGAGUCAUCGGAGACGUUACAGUACUUUAUCUUAUCGACGUUUGUUGAGAUAUUGGUAAAUGAGAGUAUCAAUGAUGAUGACGAAGAAGAAGAAGAAGAUAAUGAUGAAGAUGUGAGGAAACAUCAAGAGACAGAAGAAACCCAGAAGACCGGGUAUAAUACCAUCAAUGUGGCGGUAUUCCGGACUUUGAUAAAGACUGCUGGGUUGAGUCAAAGAUCAAUUGAUGAAUUGUCAAUGAAGUAUCAGUACUCUUCAAAGAUGAAUUUUGAACAAUUGAAUAAUUUACGGAACAUUUUUCUAUUGAUACCUCAAUGA